AUGAAUUCCUAUGGCUUGGUGAAAUCCUGUCGGUUGGUAAAUUCUGCAUCGGACACUCUGAUGGGUGGCAGGUAUCUGAACCAUCAGAAAGGACUGCCCCGUCUGCCUGUGCCCCCUCUGCGGGAGACCUGUGAACGCUAUCUGAGUUGUCUGGAGCCCAUUGUAACAGUGGAUGAGCUGAAGCACACAAAACAGCUGAUGAAGGAGUUCCUCAAAGAAGGAGGUGAUGGAGAGAAACUGCAGAGAAGCCUGGAGAGGAAAGCGUGCACUACUGACAACUGGCUUGCAGAUUAUGGGAUACAGAUUAAUUAUUUGGACUCGAGGGAAUCUUUGCUGAUUUAUAACAGUGGAUUUGUUCUUCCCAGAAUGGACUUCAUUGAUAAACAGGGACAAAUAAGGUGUGCUGCCAAAGUGAUAAAAGCUGUUUUGGACUUUAAGACAAUGAUUGAGGAUGAGACACUACCAGUACAAUAUAUGCGAGGAGAGCCCCUCUGUAUGAUGCAAUACUUUCGGGCACUGUCAUCCUGCCGUGUCCCUGGACGGAAGACUGACUCAUUGGUGUUCCAUGCCAAGAACUCCAAUGGCCCCAGACACAUUACAGUGGCACAAAACUCUCAGUUCUUUACAGUGGAGGUCUACCACAGUGAUGGCACUCCGAUCACUGCUGAUCAGCUUUGUGUUCAGCUGCAGUGGAUCUGUAAUUCCUCACUAGAGACCAACGCAGAGCAUGUUGGUAUUCUCACGACCUUGCGCCGGGACGCCUGGUACAAAUACUAUAACAAACUGGUCCAGGAUCCCUCCAACAAAAAAUCAGUUUCAGCCAUUGAAAGGAGCAUCUGUGUGCUGUGUUUGGACAAAGCCAUCCCUCGGACAUAUGAGAAGUAUAGCGGGUUUGAACCACUGCAGGUUUUGCAUGGAGGCGGCAGCCAGUGGAACAGUGCUAACCGCUGGUUUGACAAAUCACUGCAGUUUAUUGUUGGUGAAGAUGGGACAUGUGGGUUUAACAUGUUGCAUGCUAUUAUUGAUGGCACACCAUGUAUGGCUCUAUCAGAUUAUAUCACAUCUUCCAUGAAGAAACCACAGAUGAUGGAGUCUCCUGUGGCACUUUUGCCAAUGCCUCAGAAACUACACUUUAACAUCACACCUGAUAUCAAAACAGCCAUUGAGGAAGCUAAACAGAGCAUUGACAAGCAUGCCCAAGACCUGGACCUCAGGGUUUUGGUAUUCAAUCACUUUGGAAAAAAAAUUCCAAAAGCACACCAAAUAAGCCCAGAUGCUUUUAUACAGAUGGCAAUACAGCUGGCCUACUAUAGGAUCCACCAGCAGUGCUGUGCAUCAUAUGAAGCAGCCUCCAUGCGUUUGUUCAAGAAAGGACGGUUGGGUGUAAUCCUUUCAACCUCCAGUGCCUCAGCUGCCUUUGUCAAGUCUUUUGAUGAUCCCAAAAAGCAGAACUCAGACAAACGUAAUUUAUUGGAAAAUGCUAUAAAAGUGCAUACGUGGAACACCAACAUGGUGAGCAUCAUUUCCAUAACCAUUCAGUACAUUAGUGUGACUACAAUUUAUAAACUGUAA